UAUUUUAAAAGUGAGUGAAGUGAAAAGAGAUCAAAAACUAAAUUCCCUAUAAAUGCUGGGUGUACACCCCCAAAAGGAUUUUUAUAUAAAAAACUGGGAAUAAUUUUAGUACAAGAUGUGUGAAAGGAUUAUAUCCUUUAUUGUAUAUGUUGCUAUAGCUACAUCCUUAUGGCCAACUUAUAUCCUGUGUGAAUAUGACAAUCAACCAAAAAUACAUCUCAAAAGUGGUGGUCUCAUUUUGGAAGCGGCCUACGAUCGCAAUAUAACUUUUCGUUUAUCGCGCGAUUCAUCCCUCUUCCUGAACAAAGUGAAUUUAAUGGAUAAAAUACGCCAACGUUAUACGCCUGCCAUACCCGACAUUGAUGCCAAACUAACGGAUACGUAUUCCACAGAUGAUCUUAAAAGUGAAAUUCAAAAGUUGCAUGAUGAUUUAGAGCGUUUUGCCCAUAGAGUAAUGACAUCGCAGAAUCAUACAAGACGUACGUUGCAAUUGGGUGUGAUUCGUAGAAAUUUGGGGCGUAUCAAUAGAUUGAAUGGUAGAUUGCUGGCGUUGGAGCGUAAGUUGAAAAAGGAUGAAUGUGCCGAAGCCACAGAACCUUGUAAGAAUGGUGGAACGUGUUAUGAUUCCUACAAUGGAUUUCAUUGUGAAUGUACAGAAGGAUAUACGGGCAAAACUUGUGAAAAAGAUGUGGAUGAAUGCUAUUUGUUUGCUGGCACUGACUUGGGUUGUCAAAAUAAUGGUAUCUGCAUUAACACACCUGGCAGUUACAAAUGUAACUGUGCCAAAGAAUUCAGUGGCAGCCAUUGUCGAUUACGAAAUGUUGUUUGUCAUCAGGAGCAAUCACGCGAGCUGUGUUCUCAUGGCACUUGUGUACCGGCCAACAACCAACAAGGUUAUACAUGUAUCUGUGAACAAGGUUGGAUACGAAAUACCACUUCACUGUCAUGUGAUGUUGAUGUAAAUGAAUGUGAAGGAUUGAGCAAUCCCUGCCAUAGUCAGUGUAUAAAUCUACCGGGUAGUUUUAAGUGUGGUCCUUGUCCGGCUGGUUAUACUGGAAAUGGUAUUACCUGUUUGGAUAUUAAUGAAUGUAGUACAAAUAAUGGUGGUUGCAGUUUGUUGCCUAAAGUUCGUUGCAUUAAUACAGAGGGAUCAUAUUUCUGUGCAAGUUGUCCUCCCGGUUGGGUGGGAGAUGGCCAUACAUGUGAGUUAGCUCCUUCUAAUUCUUGUAAUGAUGAAAAAAUCUGUCAUCCUCAAGCCAAAUGUGAAUACAUAUCAGAUGUUGCCUCCUGCACUUGUCCGCCAGGCAUGUUUGGGCAUGGGUUCGGACCACGAGGCUGUCAUUCAAAUCCUUUAACUGAUUCAUGCGAAAGUCAUAUAUGUCAAAACAAUGGCACUUGUAUAUCGAAUGGGCGAACUACAUCAUGUCUAUGCCCCAAAGGAUACUCUGGUGCUUUGUGCGAAACUGCCGAUGGCUGUCAUCCAAAUCCUUGUCAGAAUGAUGGCACUUGCAAGCCUUUGGGUGUAAAUGGAUUUAAAUGUUCCUGUCUACCAGGUACAACGGGUAAGCACUGUGAAUUGAUGCGCAGUAUAUGUGCAAAAACAAUGCGGCUUCCUUCGGGAGAACUGAAAUAUCCUACCGGAGAAGAAACGGAGUAUUCUAAUAAUGAACGAUGUGCUUGGAUUAUACGUACUACGCCUACACACAUACUGAAUGUCACAUUCACCAAAUUUGAUGUGGAGGGUAAUGACGAUUGCACACACGAUUGGCUGCAAAUACAUGAUGGCAAUAGUUUGGCCUCUCAGCUAAUAGGAAGAUUUUGUGGAAACGAUUUACCUUUAGGCGGUAAUAUUCUAUCUUCACAUCAUCUCUUAUUCUUCUGGUUUCGAUCGGACAAUGCCACCAAUAGGCCGGGCUUUGAAAUGUCUUGGGUUUCUCAGCCUCAUGUGUGUGGCGAAAAUUUAGAAUUGGCCAGUAAUGGUGCAGGAGUCAUAAGAUCCCCAGGUUAUCCUGGAAAAACGCCUAUAAAUCGUGAAUGUCAAUGGGAACUUUCAGCUCCAUAUGGCUAUCGUUUCGCUCUUAGAAUAUAUGAUGUUAAUUUGGGUACCUUACCCAAUUGUACCGGAGACUCCUUGAAGAUCACUGAUGCUGACUUAUUGAUCAAGCAAUAUUGCCAAUCCUCCAAGUCAGAAGUUUUGCGUUCAUCUUCCAAUAAAAUCUUACUUCAUUUCCACACAGACCGCUUUAGUGCCGAUAGUUCAUUUCAAUUACAUUAUGAAGUAGAACCGGGUAUACCGCAUUGCGGUGGCAUAUUUUCAGAGCCAUUGGGUUAUAUAAUUGGUCCUUCAGAACAGGCCACUUGCUUGUAUCUAAUACAACAACCCGUGGGUACCCAAAUAAAGUGGGAAUUUUUAGAUUUAAAAUCUUUUGAGAUGAUAAAUUGUAAUAUAAACAGAAUAGAGAUUUUCGAUGGUAAAACUGAUGAGGAUGAUAACCUGUUAGUGACUUGUGGUGGUAUAUUAACGGAACCGGUAGUUAGUAGCUCUAAUCAUAUGUUGAUAAGAUACAAAAACUCACUAGAUGUAAAUAAUCCAUUCAGAGCAAAAUAUUCCAGAGUUUGUGAAUUCCGAGUAUUUGGUCCAGAUGCAGGUGUAUUAAAUACACCUAAUUAUCCCAAUCCUUAUGUAGAGCAUAUUACAUGUACUUUCCAUAUCUAUGGUCCUGGUGAUACUGUGGUGUUAGCCAAUUUCACCGAUUUCGCAAUAGAAGAAACAAAAACAAAUAAUCUAAUGGAUACUGCAGAUAAUAUAGUUGCUAACAACAGUAUUACUGAAGUUAGCAAACUAAAGGAUGAUUCUAUAUCGUAUGUGGAUGUCUAUCUUUCUAGCACGAAUAAACGUCGCUACCACAAAGGCUCACCCAUGGUACUAAGAUCUGAACGUAAUGUAAUGACCAUCAUAUUCCAUGCAACCACAAACAAUGCAAAAGCUCGAGGACUACGAAUUGAAUACAGUUUCGAAACCAUCACUUGUGGUGGAGUUUUUACUGAAAAUAAGGGAUCAAUAGAUAAAACUGUAAAUGGCGACGAAUGUUUGCUAAUAUUUGAAGCUCCCGAAGGAAAGCAUAUCAAACUAGAUAUGGAAUAUGCCGUUUAUGGUGAUAGUGGUGAACUGCUAAUAUAUGCCAAUGAAACGGCUGGAGGAGAUAUGCUUUUAAAGAAUGUCACAAGGUCAUCUAGAAUACGUGAAACAUUCAAUUUUAAUACCGUUACUCUUAUAAUGAAGCAACGUAUGAGAAUUUCAGGAUCAUACGAAUUUGUCACCACAAAAGAAGCUUGCGGUGGUAAUUUUACUACAUUAUAUGGCGCUGUCGUAUCACCAUCAUGGCCCAGACCAUACCAUGCUAAUCUUGACUGUGUGUGGGUUAUAACUGCGCCUCUGGGAAACAAAAUCGAGUUACAAGUACAUAAUUUUACUUUGGAGCCCACAUGUUCAGGAGAUAUUUUAGAAAUAAGGAAUGGAAAAUUCUCUACUUCCCCCUUAAUAGGGCGCUACUGCGCCAGUCAAAUGCCAUCCCGCAUAGCAUCAUUCACAAAUAGUUUGUACAUAAGAUUUACUAGUGAUAACUAUAUCGAAGGUGGGGGUUUUUAUCUCAAUUGGGAACAGACUUCAACAGGAUGUGGAGGCAAGUUGACUGCAUACAAAGGUUCCAUACAUCCUCCACACUUUGAUGCUACUCCAGAAGUAAUGACUAUGGGCAAUGUACACAUGAUUUGUGAUUGGCAAAUAGUUGUUUCCCAAGGAUCUUCUAUAGAUCUAAGUGUAAAAACUUCCACAGACAUGCUAGAGUUUUGUCGUAAAAACAAUUUGAGAAUUUAUGAUGGUGACUCCACCUUAAGUCCCCUGAUUCAGUUUAACUGCACUAACAUUUUACGGGGACAAACAAUGGAACUGAAGUCUUCCACAAAUCAACUAUUAAUUAUUUAUUCAUUAACACAAAACUCAAAAUAUGAAACACCCGAAUUUAUACUGGACUAUGUUACAAACUGUAAAGUUGUCAUUGACAAUUAUCGUGGUGUAAUUGAAUCUCCCAAUUUUCCUGAAAAUUAUCCCGAGAAUCAGAAAUGCGCAUGGGAUCUUAAAGCCGGUCGUAACAACAAAUUCAAAUUGGUAUUCUCUCACCUUGAUAUGGAGGUUACAGAUAUGACAUGCGAAUAUGAUUAUGUUGAAAUUUGGGAUAUGAAGGACUUGGAUAUUUUAAAGAAAUAUCAUUUAUGCUCCUAUACAUCGGAACCCAUAACAUCGGAAGGUAAUCAUAUGAUGGUGCACUUCGUUUCUGACUAUUCGAACAAUAAAAAUGGUUUCCGCCUGGAAUACACUCGUGUAGGAUGUGGGGAGCAUUUAGAAAAAGAGUUUGGUUACAUCACAUCACCCAACUAUCCUUACAGCAAUGAUUUGGAUUGUGAUUGGUAUAUUGAGGCUCCGCCGGGAAGGCAGAUCUUUUUAAAUGUGGUGGAGUUCCAUAUAGAGAGUGAUAAUCCAGAUUGUAGCCAGAAUAUUUUAUUAUUCAAAGAAUCUAAAAAUUCUAGCAUAGAACUUGGUAAAGAAUGUUCUGAGCAACAUACCGCUUUAUCGAUUACUUCUCCGGCCAAUCGCCUAUAUGUACAUUUUCGUACGAGUGCCACACGAUCUCGGAAAUACUUUAAAGCAUUUUAUCACACCAGAGCGGCCUCAUGUGGUGGUUCGUUUAAAGGCAUUUCUGGUACUAUUAGUUCUUCAAAUUACCCUUAUUCACCCAACGCCCAGUCUUAUCACUGUAUUUGGGAUAUUACAGUACCCGAGUCUUAUGGAAUUCUUUUGGAUUUUAAAGAUUUUCAACUUAGUGAUUCUCAAAAUUGUACUGAGGCUUCAAUGGAAUUUUGGAAGUUAUCUGGUACAUCGGUACUAUAUCUCGACAAAUUUUGUGGAGCAGAGAAGCCUAAUAUUAAGAUUGUUCAUGGCAAUCAUUUGAAAGUGGAAUACAAAGAUAGAGGUAAACAAAGUUUGGGAAGAUUUGCAAUCGAAUAUAAAAAACAAUGCGGAGGUUUGUUAACUGAAUCAACUGGUUACAUAAAAUCGACGGCCACAGAAGAAUGCAUAUGGGAAUUUGAUGUAAAACAAGGUACUUUAAUAAGUCUAAAUAUAAUACAAUUAAAUUGUUACUGUCGAAAGGAUAAUGAGGGUGUGAAAACAUGUAAAAAUGGCUUAGGGAUCAAAGAAAAUCAUUUUGAUAACAAUCUACAAUCUGGAAAUUAUACCAUGUUCAUGUGUGAGGAACACCAGGCCGAUCUAGUUUUUGAGGCAUCAAAAUUGCACAUCUUUGCAAAUAAUAUAAAUUUCCGAGCGAAAUAUUCCACUACACAGCAUUCAUGUGGUGGUCAUAUAGAAUCUGAGCGCGGUUCAUUGGCAUCCCCCUACUUUCCUUUGACAUAUCCACCAAAUAUUGAAUGUAUUUGGAGCCUGCAAGGUUCUAAAGGCAGUUUUCUGGAACUACAGUUCGAUCAGUUUGAUAUUGCCAGCUCAGAACACUGCAAUGAGGAUUAUUUGGAAAUAAGAACGUGGUCGGAGAGCAAGAUAUUGGGGCUAUAUUGUGGGUCGGGAAAGCCUGAGAAAACUUUGAUUUCAUUUGAAAGGUUUUGGUUAAAAUUUCACAGUGCGGAUGGUAGCACUGGAAAGGGCUUUAAACUUUCUUGGAAUUAUGCUCAUUUAAAUGAUUUAAUAAAUAAGACUAGAGGAUACAUUUCGAAUCCCCCCGUGAAGAUGGUACAAAACGAUGAGGAACCCUAUGCUUGGCGUAUUCUAGUUCCAAGAGGUGAAUUCAUUCAAUUAUAUUUUCAGGAAUAUAAUAAAGGACUAAAUCUAUAUGAUGGAUUUGAUGAAACAGCACUUUUGAUAGAUAUUCCUUUAUCUCCUUGGCGUUUUGUAUCAAGUUCGAACGUAGUCUAUCUGCGAACGGACAAUGACAAUUUCGAAACAUUUUCUAUAUUAUGGAAUACUACAACGAACAAACCUAUUGAUACCAAUGCAACACUUGAUAAAUGUCAUUCUGAACAAUCUAUAAAAGUCCAUCGUUUUAAUGCCAUUCGAGUUGUUUCUCCUGGCUACCCCAAGGGCUAUGAGCAUGGUCUACGUUGCGAUUGGAUAUUUAAACCAUUUAAUCCUAUAGAACAUGUCGCAGUAGCUCUGAUUGAUGUUGACUUAGAAACUACAGGGGACUGCUCAGCAGAUUAUUUAAAAAUUUCCACAUCCGUCGACUUAGUGUCUUGGCAUAAAAAUGAACAGUUAUGUAAUGGUUCCAGUGUUAGCAAAAUGUCUCACGGAACACCAUUCAAAUGGGUUCAUGGUACACCACAUAUUAAAUUGGAUUUUGUUACGGACAUGUCCAUUAAUCGUACCGGAUUUCUAGCUAAAGUUGUUGCCAAAUGUGGAUCAAAUAUGACGGACUCAGUUGGCUUUAUAGGUGGUAACAUGCUGCAUGAUUUUAAUGAUGGUCCAAAUACUCAGUGUCUUUGGCAUGUCAAUGUUAAGCCGGGUAAGCGUAUACGCGUACAAAUUGAUUAUCCAAAGGUUGCGCUGAACAAAGAAGAUUUCGAUGAAGAGUGUAAUACACAUGUCUUGCUUUAUGAUGGAGUCGAUGACCACGCUCCACUCAUACCACCUGGUAAAUUAUGCUAUCCACAAAAUGUCACGACGAUUCAUGUUAAUACCUCCAGUAAUCAUUUGACCAUCAAAUAUACACUUAAUAUGGACAAAGUAAGUCCAAAACUUACACGGGCUUUGUUCUGGAAUCUUACAUAUCGCGAAUAUUCCGAAUGUAGUCAGGAAAUACGUUUAAUACCUGAAGCUUCAGAAAUUAAUAUAACUUCGCCGUUGUAUCCCAAUGUGCCACAUCCCCAUACAGAGUGCGAAUGGCGUGUAGUAGCACCUCAAGGAGAAAUUAUUCAAAUUGAGUUCUUAGAACGUUUUGAUAUGAAUUCGAGAUAUUGUUCACAGGAAUAUUUAGAACUUUUUGAUGGUUCCACGAGUUUGUCGCGAAAUAUUGGGCGUUACUGUCGAAAACCUCCUAACUUAAGAACAACACAGAAUAUGUUGUACAUACACUAUCUGACAGACAUAGCAGAACCUCGAAAUGGCUUCAAAGCGCGAAUUUCAAUUAGUCGAUGCGGUGGUACUUAUUCUGAAAACUAUGGCACUAUUAAAUCACCCGGAUACCCAGCAUCAUAUCCUUCUUCUUCACAGUGUGAUUUUGUUAUAAAUUUAACUGGCAAAAACCUAAUUCGUAUAAAACUCAUUGAUAUUAAUCUGCCUUAUAAUGAAACUAAACUCAGCUCAUCCGAUCAUUUGGAAAUUAUUUCCAUUGGUGGUCCCGAUACAAAUAGUCAAUCCAUAAUGGUUUAUGGAAAUACUACGAACAGUACCGAAUUUUUGAUUAAUUCAAAUAAAGUUGUAGUUCGAUUCCAUACAUUCUUGAAAACGUUUGCUUUUAGAGGAUUUUCAUUGAUAUACAAUUCAGAUGGUUCAUAUUGUGCUAAUGUCGUAACAGGCGUUUCUGGUGAGAUCAUCAUGAAUCUUCCCGCUAAACAAUAUUACCAAAAUACAUGCACCUGGAAGAUAACGGUUCCCAAAAAACAAAGAGUUCGUUUAGACUUUUUGAAUAUGGAAGCAAUGAAGGAUCAGAAUUUUUCAAGUUCUCUUCGUAUUUCCCUAAACAACAACUUCGAUUAUAGUUCGGAAAUUAUAACAUUUACACCCAGUACAUUUAAUUCCAGUAUGGUUUUACAAUCAACUGAUAACAUUAUGUACGUGAGAGUAAUUAUACCAAGAUCUAAUUCGAUACUGCGACCUUUAAAGGCUCGUUAUAGCUCAAAAGAGGAAUCACCCUGUCCUUCUGAUAUUGAUGAGGAUAACAACUCAGGUUCCAUAGACAUACCAGGCUUGGAGACAAUCUUUAGAGGAAAUUUCUAUUGUGGAAUUAAAAUAAAAUUGAAUGAAGGGGAGACGAUAGCUUUUAACAUCUCCACGCUUUUAGUUUCGGGCUACAGAGGAAUGGGACGUCUGCAAUAUCCAUUGGUAUUUAGAGACAGCUAUAUGAAUACACAGUAUCGGAACAAUCUAACCGAAUACAUACAUGCACAAUCCCAAACUAAGGGUUCCAUUUCCAUCGCUCAAGAUGCGGAUAACCGCAUACAAAGAUUAAAAAUGUCAUUUAGAAUAUAUCCUUGUGGCGGAGUAAUCAAUGUAAACCCUGGACUGGAAAUUAAAACUCCACAAGUAAAUACAAAUAAUAGCGACGGUCAAAUCGUAUGUGUAUGGACUUUACUAAAACCAUAUUUAGCUUAUGGACAGGACAAAAAUAAAGAAUUCAAACUGAACGGUACAUUUAAAUUUACAGACUCCUGUGAAAAUGAGUAUGUUGAAAUUGUUGAGGGCCAGUGGAUGAACCGUACCUCAGCCAUGAAGAUAUGCAGAGACCAUUCCAUUGAAAACUUUGAAUAUUUAAUAUCCAAACGUACAACCUUCCUUAUAUACAGAUCCACCAAUUAUAAAUCGGAAAAAUUGACUUUUUCAUUGAAUAUAGAGAAGAUUUUUACAUGCUCAAGUGAAACCAUGGUCAAUAUGAUCUCUUCCCCCAUUAAGAUUGAUAAGACUUUAUAUAAAAACAAUGAAGAGUGCUCUUGGAUAUUCUAUACUAAACCGGGUCUAUAUCUACAAGUGCAAUUUAUAGGCAGAUUCUUUAUUGAGAAUUCACCGAACUGUACGAACGACUAUCUAGAAAUUCAACGCGACAGUGAUGGCCUGUGGAUACCAGAGGCCCGUUUCUGUGGACGGGAGGUGCCAGCGAUAUACAAUUCAUCAGCAAGUCGCCUGCAGAUAAUAUUUCGUACAAAUGAAAAUGUUACAACAGAAGGUUUUGAAUUUGUUGUUCAAACACAUUGUCAACUACAGUUGAAUGUUUCAUCAUCACAACCGCAAUUCAUUGUGAGUCCACCGAACAACGUACAAAGUUGGCGUAAACUUCAUUGCGAAUACAUAUUCAAAGGCAAUGAAACCGAUAAACUAAUAGUUGUCAGAGCGAAGUUUGAUCCUAAACACGAUCUGGUUUAUACACAAGAUCGUUGUAGGUUGGGUGCAUUAACAGUCAACAAACAAGAUGAUAACGGUGUUGACCUAGUGGGAACUCAACAUUGUCAGAUUGAAUUCGAAGAGAGAGCAUACAAAUAUCUUAGAUUUGUUUAUGAUGCCUACGUAGGACAAAGAUUCACCUUGGAAUAUGCUUACGACACAUGUGGUGGUAAUUUAACAGCACCUGCUGUCAUCCGACCCCUAAAACAUGAAACAGAAAGUACUUAUGCCAAUAAUAUGAAUUGCAUCUGGUAUAUAACAGCACCUCCUGAACACUCCAUCGCUGUUAGAUUUAAAUAUUUUUCCACUGAAGAGACGUACGAUCAUCUUACGAUAUACAGCGGUAUUCAAAUUAAAAAGGAAAAACUUAUUGCCAAGUUAAGCGGAAACUACUCUGCCAAUAUUCCCAUUGUUGUCGAAAGUAACCAGGCUGUUAUAAAUGCCAUAUCGGAUAGCUCAGGUUCCAGAAAGGGAUUUGAAGCUAAUAUAGUAUUUAUAGCAAAUUGCAAUGAACGCAUUUCACUCACCGAAGGUAAUUCUCCGGUAACAUUGGCCCGCAAUAUAAAAUUCAAUUCCAGUGAGGAGUACAUAUGCAAUUACCGUAUAACCGCUCCCAAGGAUUAUCGCAUACGAGUCGAGAUUAAAAAGUUACAAAUAAAUGGCGCCAAUUCAACAUGUCAAAAUUCACAAUCAAAAUGCGAAAAUAAUUGCAAUUAUUUGGAAAUUUUUGACAACCCCACCACAUAUGAUGCAACUUUUGGUAAAUUUUGCUCCGUCUCCAGUAUAAAUAGAACCUUUUUGAGUUCUUAUGAAUUUGCUUCUCUGAAACUGAAUGCUGACCGACCGGGUCAAUAUAAUUUUGAAAUAAUUCUUAAAAUGGAAAAGUCAGAAUGUGGUCUAACUGAAUAUAGACUGGGUGACAAUGAAAAAUAUAAAUUCACUUUUCCUCCCAAUGGAUUAGCAAAAUACGCAGCGAAUGUGCAUUGUACUUGGCGUUUAAUUUCCUCCCACGAAUUGGAAUUCCAUUUUAACUAUAUGGACUUGCAAAAUAAAUCACAGGUCACUAACAAAUGUUUGGAUUACGUUAACAUUAAAGGCACAUAUCAUUUACAUAAUUUAUGUGGUCUCGCUAAGAAUUUCACAAUUAAUACUAUCAAAAGUCAUGAAGAUUUCGUGGACAUAACAUUCCACAGUGAUGACUCAGAGGAAGGCAAAGGUUUCGAAUUUGUUGUACAAAGAUCUGAUGCUUGCAAUCGCACUUACAAUUCCUUAAGUAAGAGUAUACAGUAUCGGGGCUAUGGAAAGGAGAAAGAAAUCUGUAUCGAUACCAUUAUAGUGCCAGAGAAUUAUACAUUGAAUUUUUACAUAACUUCAAUGUAUUUUAAAAAUUAUGACUGCGAAAAGUUACAUUUAAAGAUAAUUGAUCUCAAAACAAAUGAAACUUUGAUGGAUCGUUGUAGAAGUUCAUAUUUAAAUGUUAACUUAUUUACUAACACAAAUGCCGUACGCAUUGAGGCAGCCGAUUAUACUUCGGUAGCCUUUCUAUAUUCUGUAAGCGAUCGCAAUUUAACUCCUGGAUGUGGUGGUACUUUUACAGCAAAUGAGGCACAAUUCGCCAGUCCUCCUUAUGACAAUGAUCGCAACUUUUCGGAAUGUCGUUGGGAUAUUAUUACGCCGGCAUCUGGUCAAAAAAGUUUACAAUUUUAUGAUUUUAAUAUGGGAACAAUUACUAAUUGUCAUUUGGAUAAUGUUAAAAUUAUUGAAAUUUUACCCAAUGGCACUGAAAAACUAUUAAAAACAGUAUGCGGAUCUAAUACACCUGAUGCCAUAAGAUCGAAUAGUUCCCAUUUAGCAAUCAUUUCCAAGAAAUCACCCAAUUUUGAUGGUACUGGCUGGACGUUGAGCUACACCACAUUUAAUUAUGAAACGCCAAAAACAGCACUUGUUGUCAGUGAUCAUCAGAUGCGGCUAGUAUAAAUUCUUAAAGAAAUUUUGAAUAAUAUUGGAUUUAAUUGCAAUAGCCCCUAGGCUUUCCAAAACGUCUAUUUAAAAAGUUGUAGUCAAUAUUUGCAAGUUUUUCUUUUUGUGAGUAAAAUAAUGUAGUAUGUAGUGUAUGUAUGUAUAUGUCCCCUACUUAAUAUGCAUCUGCAAUAACAUUUUAUGCACAUACAUGAUAAGCAGUACAUAUUACUUUGUAAGGAAACAUGUAGUAUUUUUUAAAUGACUAACAUUUUUUUAUUUAUUAAUUUCUUAUUGUUUCUUUUCUCAAUAUA